AUGUCAACAACGCGGCCCCUUCUCGGUAUGAAGCGAGUCACCGAGCUCGCGUGCGUCGAGCAGCCGACCAGCAGACUCGGCGCCUCGGGCGCGAGGCAGCAGCAAGACACCCCGACGGUGGAUGAGUUUACUGUCCCGGAGAAUAAGCAAGACGAGCUGAAAUGUGCCCAGGCUCGAGUGGAGUACGUUUUCAAAGUGACGUUCACUAUUAUCGGGCUGUUGGACCACACGGGACAAGCACACGGUAGCACGGCUUUGCGUCAGAUAUGGCUCCAGCUCAGAGGAAACACUGACGACGUUUCGAAAGCAAAGGAGUAUGUGAGGGGGCUGUGUGACCCAGAGCUGCAGAAAGAAGAACGUUAUCCAGUGGACAUGCACUGUAUCUUUGCCGGAGCCCGGGGUCUGUUCCUGGACAGACUCAUACGGGAUACAAGUGCUGAGGUUUUGGUUCCUGAGCCAGGACGUCUGCGCUUGUUGGGCCGCACUGAGCCUGUCGUGAUGGCGCAGAGCAGAGUUCAGCAGUUUGUGGCACUUUUCCAGGAAAAGCGAAGUCUACUGAGUGACAGAGAGCAGGCAGUGAAGCGAGCGUUCAAGUCCUUUGUGGAGGAACGGGAUGACAAAUACACAAUGGAACUUCUUCUACUGCCCUGUGCGCUGAAAGAAGAAUUACUCGGACUGGCUCACAGUCCAACCAGCUUGCACACACCCUCGACGACUCUCCUGAACCAGAACCUACAACCAAGCAUGGCAGAGUUCGAGCAAGAUCGCUCACAGAGUAGCACUCCUGUGACAGAGCUCUCCUUUCGCAUCUUCGAUACGAGCUUUGAAGACAGAGGGUGUCUGCCUUUUGGCGACGGCGCUGGAAAAGCAGGAGGAGGCAUCGGUUUGGGUCCCCAGGCCAUCCUGUUCAAUGGCACCAGGCCUUCACACAAGCGACGCUCUUCGGAGAGCGAAACUCGGGACACUAAAAGACAGUAUUCUCUGGAGCGGAAGGAGGAGUCCCCGGAGAGGUCGAGGGACAGGGAGCGACACUGCGACAGAGAAGGCCACGCAGCCAGUAGUAGUUUUCGAUCCAAAAACACAUCUGCUUCAUGCACAGUCUCCUCCUCCUCAGCGAAAGCAAACACAGUCACAGGUGCAAUCAUGCUGAACCCUUGUGAUGGUAUCACUGAAGAAAGCGAGGCAGUCAGCCCAGAAACUAACCUCCGUUGUUUGGUCAAUUUCUUCAGAUCCAUGGGUUACCAGCAGGACGUUGUGGAGCGUGUCAUCAAGGAUACAGGACAAAUGGAAGACACCUUCCUCAUUUUGGAGAAAAUCGUGGCCGAAACGAAAAGUUGUGAGGGGGAAACAAAAAGAGGAGUAAAAGAAACCAAACAACUGAACAAUGUGCGCUCCUCCUCCUCCUCCUCGACGACGACAUCUCUAGCCGUUGAGCGGGACUUUGGGAGGUCCAAAGAGAAUAUCAAGCCCAAUCAUCAUGGAGCGAGUAGUAAUGGACUUGGCCAACGGAGGCAGUCCAGUGGCAGUGAAGCCAGCACUCAACAGACCAGUUCUAUCAAGAGGAGCACCAGUGCGCAAGGAGGUGCAGGGAAGUACGAGGUCAUUACCAUUUCCGAUGACGAUGAUGUCGGCGUGACAAACAGCAAAACAGCAGAUACUCGGACAUCAGGGGUUACGAUGACACACGGUGACACCCAGACCGGAUCCAGAACAGAAUACUUGGCACGGGGAGGCGGGAACGUCACACAUAGGGAUCACCUGUCAAGAGGCGGGACGCGGACUCUAGGUGGAUCAGUGAAAGUCGAGACUGUGACGGCACUGCGCAGCGCACCCCAGUGGCUGACGGCCAGCACCACCUCUGUGGCUUCUAGUGCCAAUUCGGCUCCUACCACAAGCCGGCUCUCUGCCUACCAAACCCUCGGCCACACGGGCUUUCACGGCGGCGGAGCCAGGAAUCCUCCUACAAGCAACCCACUGGCGCCACCUGUGACCGGUUUGGCUCGUUUUCACCAAUCAUUGAAGACUCCGUAUACACUGAAGCUACCCAACGAACCGGGGCUACCAGAGCUGCGCCACAUCAUCAUAGAUGGCAGCAAUGUGGCUAUGGCUCAUGGCCGAAAUCGGUUCUUCUCCUGUCGAGGAAUAGCGCUCGCCGUGGAGACAUUUUGGAGGCGGGGCCACAGGGAGAUCACUGUAUUUGUUCCUCAGUGGCGCCAGAAGAGAGACCCAUUGACAACAGAACAACAUUUUUUAAAUCAACUAGAAGACCUGCGGCUGCUUUCUUUCACCCCCUCCCGAGAGGUCUGUGGUCAAAGGAUAGCCUCGCAUGAUGACAGAUUCCUGCUCCACUUAGCUGAAAAAACAGAUGGCAUCAUUGUAACCAACGACAACCUCAGAGACUUUGUCAACUCUUCGGACACUUGGCGCCGGAUCAUUCAAGAGAGGUUACUGCAGUUUACUUUUGUGGAGGACCACUUCAUGAUCCCUGAUGACCCUUUGGGUAAAAAUGGACCUCAUCUGGACGUUUUCCUUUCUAAAAUGAACAGGCAUCUUCCUUUGACCCCUCCCCCUCUGAGACCCCCAGACUUGCAUCUAUCCACCAACCAGCAGCAUCCAGUCUAUGUGCAGGCCCUCCACUCCGCUCCAUGGACGCCUGCCGUUACUCCUCAGCCCCCCUCUUCCCAUAUUCCCCACCCGAGCGUGCAGUGGCCCCACCCGGGCCGCCACCGCAACGCCUCUCCCUCGCCGUCGCCCCCUCCCCAGCGUUCGCCAGGGGAGACGUCCCAGCUGAAGAGUCAGCUGUGUGCGAUUUUCCCAGACCAGAAGCAACAGAUCGACCGCAUCCUCAGCGACAACCCGUACAUGAGAGACUUGAAUGCCCUGUCGGGGCUGCUGCUGGGUUGAUUCACUCGCUCAAAAACUGACAGACUUCAUACACGCAAAGGGUGACUCAUAACACAGUAUAAAUUACUAUUUAUUUUCCUCUCUCUUUCAUCUUGGACAGUCUUAUUUUAUUUUAUUUUAUUUUUUUACUGAUCUAAAAGCAUAUUUGUUCAUCCGAUAUGAACACCAAUUUCCUUUUUUUCAGUUUUAAACAAUUUUGUCAAAACUAUUAAUGUAAAAAAGCAAAGUAGGUUUUAUUUCUCUCGCAUGACAAUGACAUUAACAGUGCCACUUAUCAUUUUAAAGAAAACCAGUUGUAUAUACAUACAUAUGUAUAUAGUCAUAGUUUUGCUGACUAUCAAACAACAUGCUAGGCACAUAAUGGGCCCAUUUGUGUCCCUUCAAAAUAAAGUACAAAUACACCUUAAAAUUCUUGGAAAUAACCACUAUCAAUUUAGUUUUCUACUUGCUCCUAUGGUUUGGUGUGCCCUAACAUAUGGAAGUUUGUGGCAGUCAACUUAAUCCCCUUUUGUUCCCAACCCUUUGAGAAGCUUGCCAGUAUUUUGGAUUUCAUCUUUGUCAAUUCAAGCGCUCAAUUUGAAUUGCUCCUCCAAAAGUCUAGAUUGAGAGAAGAUUUGUGAGUUGUUUUUUUUUUGGGGUUGACGAUCUUCCCAGGAUCACCUAUUAUUCAGAAAUUAACUGCAUUGGUUGUUUUUGAGCCACUUGAAUGCUUCAGUCACUCCAUCUUGUUUUUCAACACUACAAGGCUCAAUUAUAUAGUUUGCAUUUGUUGGCUUGAGUUAAAGAAAUUGCAGUCACGAAGCAGAAUUACGUCAACUUUAGUUUUCACUGUACUUUUGUAGCAAUGAAAGAGGUAUAUGGGUUCCGUUGACUCAUGACAAAAUGCUCAGCUGCAGGCAUGUGAGGAAUCACUCCUUGUGCUUCUUUUACCCUCUAAGCAGAGUGUGGACAGGACGUUUCCCCUGCAUGUGUAUAUGUGAUGUGCUUCACUUGUGUAAUAUUCCAGCCCAAGUCUGUAUAAAAAAAAAACAUCUUUAGUUCACCACGUUGUAAGCAUUGACGAAGGAUUUUCUUUUGUUAUAUUAUAUUUUCAUCGUGAACUACAUUUUUUUCUAAAUCUUAAUAUUUUUGGACAUGUAGUUUAAUGUAUGUGAAGAAUUCAAAUAAAUGCCACAGUCAACAGUAAGCUUUUGCACUACCCUCCGCUUAAACUUUUUGACGGGUGCAGUGAUGGACAAAGUUCAUGUUCAUUUUUUUUAAGUGGUCGCAUGAAUUUCUUGCUGUUUAUUGGGUGUACAGAAAACCAAAAGGAGACUGUGAAGUCAUUUCUAUGCGGGAACAAUAAAGAGUAUUACCACCUCA